AUGGAAUGGAUGAUUUACGAUUCCCGGAAAAUGUUCAACGAUGCGACAGUUAACCGAUUAGUUGAAAAUGACUUCCGAAUGAUCCCAACCAUCCCAACGCUGUCCAAGUCCUCGACAGUUUCUUCGCCCCCGGUAUUUCCCACUGCCAUACGUGUUUUCGCAAACCAUAGUCAAAGCGUUGCAUCACAACAAAUUGGUCGUAUUGAAAUUAUGGAACAUUGGAUUAAUUCCUGGUUUCUGUUUCGGAAUACGGACUUGCUGAUAUGUCGCUGGAUUCCCGGAUUUUACUCCUUGUUCACCAUGUGCCAUGCUGACUUAUUUGAAAAUCUUCCGACUGUUUUGAAUUUGUGUUUGAACCGGAAUUCCGUUAUGAAUGCUAUUAAUUAA